AGGAACAUGAGAGGCUGUGAGGAUGAAGAGCAAGAGCUGGAAACAAACAUCAGUGAAGAAUGAAGGGUUUAGUGUGUUUACUGCUGCUGUUGGAAACCUUUGUGUGUGUCGUACAGCAUCAGGUAGAUGGAGGACUCAAUGAGAAUGAGAUCAGUCAACAGCUCAGAUCUGAGGACGGAGGACAGAAUCCACCUCAAACAGACACUUUGAGAGAUGAAGCUUCAACUGACAGCCGACAAAACUACCAUCUGUUCUUCACUGACAUCCAUGCAGCACUGAGAGAACUGACCGCCACAGUUACAGAGCAGAAAACCAUCAUCAGAGAACUGACCGCCACAGUUACAGAGCAGAAAACAAACAUCAGAGAACUGACCACCACAGUUACAGAGCAGAAAACAAACAUCAGAGAACUGACCACCACAGUUACAGAGCAGAAAACAAACAUCAGAGAACUGACCGCCACAGUUACAGAGCAGAAAACCAUCAACAGAGAACUGACCGCCACAGUUACAGAGCAGAAAUCAAACAUCAGAGCUUUAGAGACACGACUGAGUGAACAACAGACGUUUAUCCUGGAAGAGAUGAACAAGAAAAAUGCUGAAAUAUCAAAUCUUACUCUGAGUCAAGUGGAGGAGUUGAGAAAGGAAAAUAGAGACAGAGAAAUAGCUUUUUCAGCUGCACUGAUGCAAUCUGGCGGUGGACACAUUGGUCCUUUUACCACUGAAAUCACACUAACCUACAGGAACGUCUUCACAAACAUAGGGAACGCCUACAACCCAAUCACAGGUGUUUUCACAGCCCCGCUGAAAGGAGCGUACAUGUUCAGAAUCUCUGUAUUUGGUUAUGGCCCAACAGUAGCAUCUGCAUCCAUUGAUAAGAAUGGAGAGCGUGUGGUUUCAGCAUAUGCUAAUCAGCCUCAGGGUGAUUUAAACUCCUCUAAUGGAGUUGUGUUGAUCCUGGAGGUUGGAGAUGUUGUCUAUGUGAGACUUUGGUCUGGCAGGAGGAUAUAUGAUAACCACAAUAACCACAGCACUUUCAGUGGUUUCCUUCUGUUCCCCUUAAGAUAACAGGAGCUUUGCAGAAUGUGAUUCCAAUAAUUCUGAACCUUCAGUGUAUGAUUUAAGAUUUAAUUGAAGAAUCAUUAACAUAUGAACCUGUAUAAAUGAGAACCUAUGUUUUGUUAAGUGUUUUGUUAAAAUAUCUAUAUCUAAAACAAAUUCACAAAACAAACUCAUUCAGCUCUGCAAAAUAAUUAUUUUCAAGGUGUUUUCUUUUUGUUUUGUAUAAAUUCUUUAUUUUCAGUCAGCA